UUCUCUCGUUAUUGUUAAGCGUUAUUACUAAUUAUUUUACCUGUAGAAAAGACAACGUCGUCCAACGGCCGACGGAUUAUGUUCUUCGGAGCCGUAGUCCUGUAUAAUACCCUAUUUGAUUGAUCGGCAGUGGCCGCGAGUGCGAUAUUUCCCGAGCGUGCCCGGCGAAAAUUGUAAACGAGCGAGUAAAAUAACUGUCCGCGAUCGAUUAAGCGCGAAUAUAUAAUAAAUUUAAAAUAAUAAUAAAUAGGAAUUUACGUUCUCGACGAUCGCACGUCGGGAAUCGGGAUGACGGGCUCAACGGCGACGAUCGGACGAUGACGGCCGACGAAUUUUUUUUUUGCGUUCACCGGUUACUGGUCACCGGGUGGUUACCACUGGUUUCCAGUGUGGUACGUGGUCCGUCGUCACGUCCCGUAGUCAAGUGCCGACACUACGUACGAUAAUAAUGCGACCGUAUCAAUGCGAUUCCCGUAGUCCGUACACCGACUAUCAAAUACUAAGCCUAGACAAUAGUGCAAGAUAAAACAAUUUAAGUUUAAUGAUAAAGUCCCUUCAAUAAAAAUAACAAUACUACAUUACUGGGGUUCAAAUUUCUAGUCAAAAGUUUUUAUAACCUAACAAUUCUACAAUUUCAAAAAAAAAAAAAUUUUACUAUAUUUUACGGCACAUUAAUUCCCUUUUCGUCCGCAACCCGGCUUAUUCGUGAUUACUGAUAACACGUAUUAUUUUGUUCCUAAUUAUAUUUAUUUGUACCACGUAAAUAGAUAUUGUGUUGUAUUGUUUUCGUCCGUGUACUGUAUAGGAUUUAACUUUAGGGACCAUUCAACGAUCGAUAUAUUCAUAAAAUAAAUAUUGCUAUAUUAUUAUUUAUUAUUUUUAGUAUUUUGUAGUGCUUCGAAAAAUCCAACUAUUUCGACGUUUGAAAAUGGCGAAAAUUGUAGAAAUCGUGGAAAAAUUUUACGACGACUACGUAAAGACCACUUCUAGAAAACUCAAGAUAAUCGACGCUUACUUGUUGUACAUCAUGUUAACUGGAAUUGUACAAUUUGCGUACUGUUGCCUAGUAGGAACGUUCCCGUUCAACUCGUUUCUCAGCGGUUUUAUUUCGUCCGUUAGCUCCUUUAUUCUCGGUGGUAAGUCACAAACUGUAGUAUAAAUUUCUGCGAUAAAUACAAGUGUUUUCACUUUAUAAAUGUUUACUGCUUUUUAAUUUGUAUAAUGUUAUUUUACAACAAUCGUUAUUUUGUUUUUACUUUUAUAUGACAUAUUUAUGCAAGGCUCAUUUAAAAUAUUUUCUGUUUUAAUCUUUUACUAAUUCCAUUCAAUCAUUUCCUACAAUAAAUAUUAUAUUAUAUUAUUUUGGAAUUUGUUACCAUAAUUUUUAACACUAAGAAAGAUACACACUUAUCUUGGAUUGGUAAUGAAUAACUUUCGUCUAAAUACUUUAGCUAUAUUAAACAUUAAUAAUGAUUUAAAAUUCUGUAUCAAUUAUGAUAAUAGUACCUGCAAUUAAAUAAUCCAGGAAGUAAUUAACAUUUUUAAUUACUGGCAUAUUUUUAACAUCCUACAAUUUCAUCUCUGGUCGGCAAAUAAAUUAAUACAGUCUUGUUUAUGUGGGUGAAAUAAAUUUAAAACAAAUUAACACAAAGAUCUGACGUCUGAAAUAACUUGUUUUCUUCAAUAUUUUUAAGUUUUUUUUUUUCUUACAAUAAUUACUAGAGCUUAAUGCUAUAUACAAACUUAAACAUUUAAAUUUUUUCAAAAAAUUGUUUUCACCAAAUCCAUGAUAAAAAGCCAUUUUAUAAAUAUAUUUUGAAAUUAAAUGUUGGUGUCACAAAUAUUCAAUUAUGAUAAAUUGUUCAUUUUCUAUAUUUUUUUUUUUUUUUUUUUUGAAGUUUACCAAACGCAUUCAAAUUACCUAUUAUAAAAAUAUUAUAAGUUUUAAAAAAAUAGCGCGUGUUGUGAAAUUUCAAAAAUUAUGAAUAUUGACAAAAAAAAAAUGUAAAAUACUAUUUGCCAACUUUAUAACGAAUGUUAAAAGACAAAGUCUGAUGCUAAAACUGAUGAAAUUUCAGAAUCAAAAUGAUUCGCUUUUAAGAUGUUUUUGAAAGAUAAAAACAAUCGAAGGUUUUACCUUUAAAGAAUCCUUUAAAGCGUCAGCCAAUGCUAAACAAACUUCAGAAACGAUUAGAGUAAUGCUUUGUUUAGACAUUUUAAAAUUAUACAUCAAACUAUGAUAGGAAUAACCGAUGGCUAAGAAUCUCAGUGCUUUUACAGAUUCGGUGACUAACAAGAUUAAUCAAAAACUCAAAAUCUGUACUUGAAAUUUUUAAAACUACCAUAACACCUAUUUAAACAAAAUAUAAUUUAGUAAAAGUAUUUUUCAUAAAUAGUAGAAAAAAUCUGUCAUUUAUGUGAAUUCAUAGGAAAAACACAUAAAUCUUCAUUUCAUAUUAUAAUCUAUUUAUUUAUUUUUAAGUAUCGCAGCGUAUUGACCCAUCAAACAGUUAACAUUGUAUUAGUUGUAUUUAUAUAUUGAAAAAAAAAUUUCUUUUUUGCCAUUUUUCAUGUUUUUAUGGCAUAUUAUAGCUUAUUUUAAGAUUUGUUAGGUCAAUUUAAAAUAUCAAUUUAAAUUAAAAAAAUGUUGGUGAACACCUUUAUUCACUGAACCUUUUCACUUUUCUACAAACUAAGUUAAUUAACACUGGUUUUUUUAAAAAACUUAAUCUUUAUUUAUUUUAUUAGGAAAAUAAGUAUGAAAAACACCCAUGUAAGUGAAUGUAUAUACCAUAUAUCUAUUUUUAUUUAUAUUAUUUAAACAUCUGUAUAAAAUAUGUUUGUCUAUUAAUAUAUAGUUAAUUAAUUGGUUCAUGACUAAUAAAUACAUUUUUUCAGUAUGUUUACGACUUCAAGCCAAUCCACAGAAUAAAGCACAAUUCAGUGAUAUAAGUCCAGAACGUGGAUUUGCUGAUUUCAUUUUUGCUCAUAUUGUGCUCCACUUGACAAUCGUAAAUUUCAUUGGUUAAAUUUUUAACUUAAUAUUUAAUUUUCAAAUUUUAAUUAAUUUUACUGUUUUGUUUUUGUCCACCUCAAUAUAGAUACUAUAUUCUGUAAAUAAAGGUUUAAAUAAAUAUACAUACUUAAAACACC